AUGCCAUCAAGCAGCUUAAGUUGUCUUCUCAUCAAUGAGCUCGAACAACAGACUCACACUAAAAACAAUAGUACCAGCACAAAUACUUAUAUUUAUAAACUCCAUCCUUUGGUGAUGAUGAAUAUUUUGGAUCAUUAUCAAAGAGUUGCUUUCAACUCAAAGACCGAAAUUAUCGGAUGUUUAUACGGAGAGUUUAGAGAAGGAGGAUACUUUGAAAUUAAGAAUACCAUCCCAUUGAAAUUCAACGAUAACACCACCGAUAUUGAUGUUGCUUAUUAUAAGAAGAUGGAGAGUCUUCAUCAUCGAGUUUAUUCCAACGAUACAUUGAUUGGUUACUAUAGUAUUUCAACAUCGAAAGCUACAGUUGAUAAACAAAUUUAUCAAUCCUUCAAUGAUAACAUUAUGAAGAACCCACUUGUGCUCGAUUGUACCAUCAAUAUCCCUUCAGGAAAUGAGCCACUCACAACAAGAUUGAUAGAUUUCAAAGGAUACAUGAAUAGAGAAUUGACAUUUAAGAAUAAGGUUGUUGGUACUUUAUUUGAACAAGUUAGAGUUGAAUAUCUCAUGUCGGAUAAUGAAAAGUUGUCAAUGAACUAUCUUCAAACCAACAAGUACUUGCAGAGCAAUAUCGUCCUUCAACAAACUAUCCAACAAUUGAAGAAAGAUUUGGAAGAAAUCAACAAAUACUUGACUUCUAACAAGAAGAGCUUUGAAGUUUAUCAUCACUUGUUGUCUGCAUUCCAAGAAUUGAAACCAGUAGAUGAUUUUGAUAAGACUCUCAAUCAACACAACAAGGACUUACUCAUGAUUAUUUAUUUGUCGAACCUCUUGCAACAAAACUUGAAGAUUAAUGAACAAUUGAGCACUACUUCUCAUGACUUGUAA